GGUUAUUUGCCGUCAGUAACAAGGAAGAACUGUUAAUAUUGUGCAAGAGGAAGCUUCAUAUUCUGUAGGGUCUGAAAAUUUAUUGAAGAUGAGAUAAUUUUUUUCUAGUAUUUCCAUUUUUCAGUACUUUAUAUCAUAACUGUAUCCACAUAUAGUUACACUCAUCAUACUACACAAACUUAAUUGGUGUUCACUUUUUUACAGGUCAGUAUUAUUUGAUGUGCUGACUAAAAUUUUUUAAGUAUAUUUUUUACAGUGUUUUUUUCUGUCUCUAAUUCUUGAUCAUGGUCUGUCUUUAUAGAAGCCUCACUAUGUUUCUAAUGAAGUGCAAAAUAUUACAGAUCAAUCGAAUUUCAUCUAUAUGGACUCCUCACUGCAUUUCAUGUACAGCCAAUUACUAUACACUGAAAAGGAAGGAUCAUGGUUACUUUUAUUGCAAUACAAGGAUAGCAUCUUUUAAAUCAGUCUUUCAAAAGGAAAAUCAGCAAAAAAGGAGCCCCUUGUAUCAAACAACAGCAGAGGAAGUACUAGUUAGUACAAGGAGGACAAUAAGUUUCUCUGCACCUGGGAUUGUCAAUGCCGCACCACAAUCUGUCCAGCCUUACCUCAGGCUUAUGAGGUUGGACAAGCCCAUUGGAACAUGGCUGCUGUAUUUGCCCUGCACAUGGAGCAUUGCAUUAGCUGCAGAACCAGGCUGCCUACCAGACUUUCACAUGCUGGCACUGUUUGGAGUAGGGGCUGUUCUAAUGAGGGGAGCUGGAUGUACAAUCAAUGACAUGUGGGAUCGGGACUUUGACAAAAAGGUCUCCAGAACAGCAAGUCGUCCAAUAGCAGCAGGAGAAAUUACUCGUUUUCAAGCACUGGUUUUUCUUGGAGGGCAGUUGACCUUAGCCCUUGGUGUACUUCUAAGUUUAAAUUUAUACAGCAUUAUCCUUGGGGCUGCUUCUUUAUCACUGGUGGUGACAUAUCCUCUAAUGAAGAGAAUUACAUAUUGGCCACAGCUGGUUUUAGGUCUUGCAUUUAACUGGGGAGCUCUCCUGGGAUGGUCUGCUAUCAAAGGAUAUUGUGAUUGGUCAGUUUGCCUUCCUUUAUAUUUUUCUGGAAUACUGUGGACACUGAUAUAUGACACAAUUUAUGCACAUCAGGACAAGGUAGAUGAUUUGCUUGUUGGUGUGAAGUCAACGGCUCUCCUGUUACAAGAUCACACCAAGCCCUGGCUUAGUGGAUUUAGUGCAGUCAUGUUGUCGGGGCUCAUUCUGACUGGUAUCAUCUCUGACCAAACUCUUCCUUACUAUGGAGCGCUGUCAGUGGUUGGGGCACACCUUUUCUAUCAGAUUUUCACAUUAGAUAUUAACAAACCAGAGGAGUGCUGGAAGAAAUUUACUUCAAAUCGUACACUGGGGCUUCUAAUUUUCAUUGGAAUUCUUGCAGGAAAUUUGUGGAAAAAUAAAGUCAACCGAUGUCAUGGUGAAAAUAGGAAGAACACAAGCCCAUGUAGAUAGUGAAACUGUACUGCCUUACACACUGGAUACCAACUAGAGCUGUAAAAGCCUUGUCAGAAACUUCCCAUUUUGCAGCUCUUUCACAUGAUUGAAGCAUUGUAAAUGAGAGGGAACAAUUAAAAUGAUAUUACUCUGAUGAGAGCUUUCUGCAAAGCUCUGUUUAUCCAAUGGCCUGGGAGUCUGCGCUUGCCUUCUUGAAUCUUGCUGGGCUUGUAAAUUGUAGCGUGAAUGUUCCAUGCAUUGAUGAGAUGCAGAGCUCAGCGUACCUGAGUGACAUUUUGCUGUCAUAACCCAUCCAGCCCCACAUAUCUUCAAGGUAAUAUGCUGACUAUACAAUACAGUUUGCAUCCAUGACCACCUGCAUGUUGAUACUGUGAUGUUGCUUGUGGUUCAAAUAUGCGUUCACAUACACACUAGGGUCAGUGAUCUUUAUGUGCAUUCUGAUUUGCAUGAAUGCAGCUUGUUAUAACAAAACCUCAUGUGAAGUGUAUUAAUCUGUGUGUUCCCUCACGUGUUGUAAGGGCUUUCAACGUUUGAAAUAAAAUUCAAGUAAUGGUUGGUUUUGACAUACUUAAAUCAUACCUUUCCCAGGAUGUGCAUGUCAAUCUCUGCAUGAACGCCAACUUCUGGCAGCUUUUACUGAGUUAGGACAGCUCACAAGCUCUUCUAAAUCCUGGUGAAGUUAGGAAUAGUUUCCUCUUUUAGGAAAACUUAUAAAAUGCUUUACUACUAAUCCUGUAAGAGUAUGAGCAACUUUUGAGUCACUUUGAGAUUUUUGAGCCACUUAGGACUCUUUCCUACUCCAAGGCACUUGAUAAAUACGGGCACACAGCUGGUUAUUUUUUACUUUUAUAAAUGAAAAACAGUCUGGUGUGAGGCCUCGUAUAAGUAUAGUGUGUCAUGGAGCAUACAAGUACAAUGACCUUUUGUGUACGGAGAGCUGAUUUAGAAACAUGGUAUACCUGACACUGUUUUAAUGGUUGAUGGAUUUCAUCUUAUUCGAGCAGACAGAGACUCAUUGCGGUCUGGAAAAUAGACAGGAGGGGGCUGGUCAUCUGUGUGAAUAAGGAAUGAUGUAAAUUACAGUUUGUAAUGCAGAAAAUGAUAUUCUGGCUGUUGGAAUGUGUCCAUGUUAUUUGCCCAGGUAGAUAAAUUACACCAUCCUUAUAAAUUUUUAUAUUCCUCCCUCCAGAAAUGGGGACUCAGCAAUGCACAAUAUUCACUCUGUCACCAACACUUUAAUGAUGACUCACUCUGACCCUCAAGUUAUAAUAUGUUGUGACUUCUACUUUGUGACUUUGGAAGGAACUAUGAAAAUAACAAUAUGCAAACUUUUGAAGCAACUUGUCUGAAGAA